AAAUAAACAGUCAAAAACUCAAGGUUUGUGUGCAGCGAUUACGUGUCAAAAUUGGACUGCUAUGAGCAAGUCACACACUGCAAUAAUUCAUUUCAUCUCCAACAUCUUGUAAAAUUUCAAGAUCUGGCAACGAUGCUAAAUUCAGAGGGUUGCAGGAAAAAGACAGAAAAAUUGACGUGAAUGUCAGACCACCGACGAUCUUGUGCUCAAGGGGUACAAUGGCCUAUUCCUGUUCCUAUUUCUUGUGGACUUAUGGAGGAUCAGGACUGACGACUUUUUUUUGGAUCAAACUUGAAAAAUGCACCUGCACCGUUCAUUGAAUUUGAAAGUUGCCAUGGUCCCAUUCUGCAAUUAGAGACAGAAAGAAAAAACUGAUGGUGGUUUAAUCUGAGCCUCGCCGCGCCUCAGGCCAGGGGAGGUGGUUAAGAAGAAGAGACCUUCAAAGUAACCUCAGCCUGUGCCAGAAUUAAUAUCCAGGCCACCAGCAUCAUCUUUCAUCGGAAACUAGCCGUCCAACCAAUUGAGCAAGCCGACAGCCAGAUACUGCAUGGUGAAGUGGAAGCGCGAGGUCAAUGCACAAUAGAAACACGCCCCACCCACCCACGGAUGUUGAGCAUGGGCUUCGGAAUUUCGCGCGCUGAACUGGAAUGAUGCGACUGUCCAGUAGUUGUGGCAACGGUGUAGCGAGCUCGGCCAUUGGCCCGUGCCAUGCCGCAGCGUUCUCAAGAUGUGGACGUUGCUACAACUGCCGGGCGUUCGACACGAACAUUCCAGAACACUGCCCCCUCUCCGGAAAUAAGCAACUGGUCAAUGUCAACGGUGACAGAAGGAGCUGAGUAGAUCUGGUGCAGUUUGUCACGCAGGUCCAACCCGAUUUAGGAGAUCAUGCCCACAGCCAUUGGUAUUGACCUGGGCACCACCUACUCCUGCGUUGGGGUCUUCCAGCAUGGCAAGGUGGAGAUCAUCGCCAAUGACCAGGGCAACCGUACCACCCCCAGCUACGUGGCCUUCAAUGACACCGAGAGACUCAUUGGAGAUGCUGCCAAGAACCAGGUGGCUCUGAACCCCCAGAAUACCAUCUUCGAUGCCAAGAGGCUCAUCGGGAGGAGGUUCAAUGACUCAGUUGUCCAGUCUGACAUGAAGCACUGGCCCUUCCAGGUGGUGAAUGAUGGAGGGAAACCCAAGGUCAAGGUCGAAUACAAAGGUGUUAAUAGGACCUUUUACCCUGAGGAAAUCUCUUCCAUGGUGCUGACCAAGAUGAAAGAGACAGCAGAGGCCUAUCUGGGACAUCCUGUCACCAAUGCUGUUAUCACGGUGCCUGCUUACUUCAAUGACUCCCAGCGCCAGGCAACCAAAGAUGCUGGUGUGAUCGCUGGUCUCAAUGUCCUCCGUGUCAUCAAUGAGCCAACGGCAGCUGCCAUUGCCUACGGUCUGGAGAAGAAGGGCAGAGGAGAACACAACGUUCUCAUCUUUGACCUGGGAGGUGGCACCUUCGAUGUGUCUAUUCUUUCCAUCGACGAUGGUAUCUUUGAAGUGAAAUCAACAGCAGGUGACACCCACUUGGGAGGAGAGGACUUUGAUAACCGCAUGGUCAAUCACUUCAUUGAAGAGUUCAAGCGGAAAUACAAGAAGGACAUCAGUCAGAACAAGAGGGCAGUCAGGAGGCUGAGGACAGCCUGUGAAAGAGCCAAGAGAACCCUGUCUUCCAGCACACAAGCCAGUAUUGAGAUUGACUGUCUGUUCGAAGGCAUUGACUUCUACACCUCCAUCACCAGGGCUCGGUUUGAGGAGCUGAAUGCUGACCUGUUCAGAGGGACUCUGGAACCAGUGGAGAAAGCUCUGAGAGAUGCCAAGUUGGACAAGUCACAGAUCCAUGACAUUGUCUUGGUUGGGGGCUCCACCCGCAUCCCCAAGAUCCAGAAACUGCUGCAAGAUUUCUUCAGUGGCAAGGAGCUGAACAAGAGCAUCAAUCCUGAUGAGGCUGUGGCCUAUGGGGCAGCUGUUCAAGCAGCUAUUCUGAUGGGGGACAAGUCUGAGAAUGUUCAGGACCUACUUCUCCUGGAUGUCGCUGCCCUGUCUCUGGGUCUCGAGACAGCAGGAGGUGUCAUGACUGCACUCAUCAAGCGCAACACCACCAUUCCCACCAAGCAGACCCAGAUCUUCAGCACCUACUCUGAUAACCAGCCUGGUGUCCUUAUUCAGGUGUAUGAAGGGGAGCGAGCCAUGACCAAGGACAACAAUCUCCUGGGUAAAUUUGAGUUGAGUGGCAUUGCUCCUGCCCCUCGUGGUGUGCCACAGAUUGAGGUCACCUUUGAUAUUGAUGCCAAUGGCAUUUUGAAUGUCUCUGCCGUUGAUAAGAGCACUGGCAAAUCGAACAAGAUUACCAUCAGCAAUGACAAGGGCAGGCUGAGUAAGGAGGAGAUUGAGAGGAUGGUACAGGAAGCAGAAAGUUACAAAGUCCAAGAUGAUCUGCAACGCAAAAAAAUCUCAGCUAAAAAUUCCCUGGAGUCAUAUGCAUUCAACAUGAAGAAUUCAGCAGAAGAAGAGAAAAUAAGUGGAAGGAUUAGUGAGGAAGAUAAGAAGAAAGUGAUUGAAACAUGUAACCAAACCAUAUCCUGGCUGGAGGCACACCAGGAUGCAGAGAAGCAGGAGUAUGAAGAUCAGCUGAAGAAGCUAGAGAACAUCUGCAACCCCAUUAUUGCCAAGUUAUAUCAGGGCGAUGUGCCUGUUGGCUUUGGUGACCAAGCUGGCAAAGAAAAUGCCUUCAGUGGCCCAACAAUUGAGGAGGUUGAUUGAAUUCUUACCCAAACUUUCAGUUCUCCUCUGUCCCACCAU